AACCCCUCGUCUCUGAUUGGUUUAUAUUAGGACGAUAGACUUGUGUUUACAAUUUCAAAUGCAGGUAUUCUGCUCCUAGCUUCACUGUUAGCCUAACUUAUUGUUAAUUGGACUACAGAUAUGUCGUUUGUGUGUUUUCUUGACAUUUAAAUGUAUUUGAAUGUAAGUCUUACUGUCUAGUUUUUUUUGCACUGUCUUUUAGGUUUGGAUUUACUGUAGCUGUAAACACACUAGCUAGCUAACGACGUUUUCUUCGUACAGUACACUUCACAUUAGCUAGCUUGUGCUAGGAAUUGUUCUUGCUUUGAAGGUUGUUUCGCUUACAACUUCACGUUAUGUGUAAGUGUAAGGUUGGACACAAUGAGUGCUGACAACCGAGAAAUAAAAAUAAAACGAGUGACCUCUAGAAAGAGGUCUAGGGAUUCUCUCAAAAGUCAUCUGACGCCUCUAAGAAAAAGAACGACUGCCUCUGGAGAACAGUGUUCCGACAAAACAGGAGGACGACCUCAUACGAGAACCAUGGGCGAGAAUUACAGUGACAAUGAAGAUUUGUUCGGGGACUAUGACAGCAUUUUGGGAGACAGCUCUUUUCUGGCAAAGAUAGAUGACGCGGAGAAAAACAUGAAGCAGCAUGACAUUGAUCAUAAAACCUACAUAGACCCUGUGGGUCAUCACCUUGAGAACCCUGACUUCACUGCCCUACGGCCGACAAGAGACACCUGUGUGAAGUCAGGGUGUGAUGACAGUCUCACCGACUCGAUCCUGGAAGGGCUCCGGGAUGACUCUUUUCGAGACGUUCCAAGCUCCCAGCUAGCCUUUCAACAAGAAGUUCUUCAGAGGGAUGAGAAGAACCGCUGCCUAGACGCAGACAAGACUUCCACUCCAAACCCAGAAAGGUCUGUUGAAUACAGGAAUAAAAGGGAAGAGACAGAUGUUGCCCCCAAGGCGAGAAAGAGCAUGACAGAUCAUCUGAAGAGAGCCAUGUUGUGCAAUGCAGCAGCUCCUUCUGGUGUAUCGAGGACGACGGUGCAAAAAGAGGCUGUGGUUACAGAGGAGAUCAGUGUUGCCAUGCAGGCCAUCGAAUCUGUUUCUAUGGAGACGACAGACCUGGGGCCUUUCUUUGGUCUUCCCACCAAAGUCAAAGAGCUAAUUUGCAACCUCAAAGAAAUCAAAGACUUGUAUGACUGGCAGAAAGCGUGUCUAAACCUGGACUCUGUUCAGCAGAGGAGGAACCUCCUCUACUCUCUUCCCACCAGUGGAGGGAAGACUCUCGUGGCUGAGAUUCUCAUCCUGAAGGAGCUGCUAUGCAGGAAAAAGGAUGCGCUUCUCAUUCUCCCUUACAUAUCUUUGGUGCAGGAAAAGGUCAGAGGGUUGGCUAGCUUUGGCCUGGAGUUGGACUUCAUGGUGGAGGAGUAUGCUGGCAGUAAGGGCAGGUUCCCCCCGGUGAAGACGAGAGGGAAGAGGUCCCUGUAUAUCGCCACCAUAGAGAAGGCCCACAGCUUGGUUAACUCCCUCAUAGAGGCAGACAGGCUGGGCAAUAUUGGACUGGUGGUUGUUGAUGAGCUCCAUAUGCUGGGCGAUGGUAGCAGAGGAGCCAUUAUUGAGAUGACUCUGGCCAAAGUCCUGUAUCUCAGUGGUUCAACUCAGAUCAUUGGAAUGAGUGCCACUCUGGGCAAUGUCCAAGAUCUUCAGAAGUUUCUGAAGGCUGAGAAUUACACCAAUGAUUUCAGACCUGUCCAGCUGGAUGAGUAUGUCAAGCUCAAGGACAGCAUAUAUGAGGUCGACCCCAAGGAGGAAGAGUGCUUCAGGUUCUCAAGACUUCUGAAUUUCAAGUACUCCAGUGCAAUGCAGAAGAUGGACCCAGAUCAUAUUGUAGCGCUGGUAACUGAAGUCAUCCCGGCCCAUUCGUGUCUGGUCUUCUGCCCCACCAAGAAGAACUGUGAGAAUGUGGCAGGGAUGAUCUGCAAAUACCUCAACAAGCAGUUCCUCCAGCACAAGGAGGCCGAGAAGGCCGCGUUGCUGAGGGACCUGAAGAGCUGCGGGAACGGCUCCCUGUGCCCGGUGCUCAGGAGGACGGUCCCCUACGGCCUCGCCUACCACCACAGCGGCCUGACCAGCGAAGAGAGGAAGCUGGUGGAGGAGGCCUACUCCUCCGGGGUCCUCUGCCUCCUCGCUUGCACCUCCACCCUGGCUGCAGGGAUCAACCUGCCUGCCCGCAGGGUGAUCCUGCGGUCCCCGUACGUGGCCACGGAGUUCCUGAAGAGAAGCCAGUACAAGCAGAUGGUGGGGAGAGCUGGGCGGGCCGGGAUCGACGCCAGGGGAGAGAGCAUCCUCAUCCUCCCGGAGAAAGACAAGCUCAUGGCCAAACGGCUCGUGUCGGCACCGAUGGAGAUCUGCUACAGCAACCUGAUGCAUGACGAUGGGAAGGGGGUCCUGAGUCUCAUCCUGUCGCUCAUCGGACUCAGUAUCACGACCACGUUGGAGAAAAUCAGGGACUUUAUGAGUGGCACCCUGCUUGCCGUCCAAGAGAGUCGGUUAUGCACAGAGAGGAGCUUGGCCGAGAUCAUUCAGGAGUGUGUGACUGUCCUGAAAGACAAGGCCCUUAUCACCGAGUCCCCAGACCCACAGGACGGGACUCUACAGGUCACCAAGCUGGGAAGAGCUACCUUCAAAGGCUCGGUAGAUUUGAUCUACUGUGACGUCCUGUACAGAGAUCUGUCGAAGGGCCUGGAGAGUCUGAUGCUGAACAGUUUCCUUCACCUGCUCUACCUGGUCACACCCUACGACAUGAUCUCUCAGUGCAAACCCGACUGGAUGACAUACUUCAGACAGUUCACGAUGCUGUCUGCUGCGGAGCAAAAGAUGUCUACGGCAGUUGGAGUGCCAGAAAGCUUUGUUGCCAGAAAGGCUGCGGGACAGACUAUUAAGAAGAACGUGGACAUGGCGGUGGCCGGGCGCCUGUACCUGGCCCUGGUCCUCUUCUCCCUAGUGAAGGAGACGGACUUGUGGAGCGUCGCCGAGCGCUUCCAGCUGAGCCGUGGCUUCGUUCAGACGCUGCUCAGCUCCUCCUCCUCCUUCUGCUCCUGCGUGCUGCACUUCACCCAGGAGCUGGAGGAGCUGUGGGCCUUCAGAGCCCUGCUGACGGAACUGACGCGCAGGCUGACCUACUGCGUCCAGGCGGAGCUCAUCCCUCUGAUGGAGGUGGCCGGGGUCAUGCAGUCAAGAGCCAAGCAGCUAUACAGCGCUGGAUACAAAACACUGUCUCACCUCGCUAACGCCGACCCAAACGUUCUCGUCAAGACUGUGGAGAAUCUCUACAAGAAACAAGCCAAUCAGAUAGUGGCAUCUGCAAAGAUGCUGCUAAAUGAGAAAGCUGAAGCACUCAAGGAAGAGGUGGACGACCUUCUAAUGAUGCCUCUUGACCUUCCCUCCCUGUAAAAAGAUUUGUUCAUGUGUAUUUAUAACGGAUUUAACGUUUUAUUUUGCCCUGCUGUUAUAAUUUAUAGUUUAUCGGAGUGCUGUGUCUAAUUAAAGGGUGAACAAAAAUCAAGUAGCCUGUCAUGU